AUGAACGACCAAGUAGCUGACGAGUCACAGCGUGAGAGGUCUCGCUCCCCGCGUCGUGGAAGAUCAAGAAGUCCGGUCCGCUCCGGUGGUCGUCGCCGAUCCUAUUCUCGUAGCCGGUCUCCCAGCCGGGACAGGGACGAAUAUCGCAGAUCGAACAGACGUUCGUCACGCUCUCCUAUGACGGGUGCCGGCGCUCCUGGAGGAUCUGGUCAGGGUUUCGGGGGCCCCCCGCAACGAAGUUACGAGGAACGACAGGCUGCGCGCGAGCAAAUGAUGAGCAACGUCCGGGAGUCAUCUCAGCAAGACCGUCGUGUCUACGUCGGCAACUUGUCAUACGAUGUGAAAUGGCAUCACCUCAAGGAUUUCAUGCGACAGGCUGGAGAGGUUCUCUUCGCCGAUGUUUUACUGCUUCCAAAUGGAAUGUCGAAGGUGGGCUUUCACACAAUUGUGGAAUAUGCUACACGGGAGCAAGCCCAAAACGCAGUCGCGACGCUUAGCAACCAGAACUUGAUGGGCCGUCUCGUCUAUGUCCGCGAAGAUCGUGAGGCCGAACCUCGAUUCAGUAACUCGCAAACCGGCGGAGGAGGCCGUGGCGGCUUCGGCGGCGGUAUGCAAGGUGGCUACGGCGGCGGCGCUGGUCCUGGUGGUGGCGGCGGCGGCGGUGGCUACGGUGGAGGCAUGAUGGGUGGCGGCGGAGGCGGCGGCGGCGGCGGCGGCGCGGGUCGCCAGAUCUACAUCUCCAACCUUCCCUACACUGUUGGCUGGCAAGACCUCAAAGAUCUCUUCAGACAAGCAGCCCGUAAUGGUGCCGUAAUUCGCGCCGACGUUCACCUCGGCCAGGACGGUCGCCCCAAGGGCUCAGGUAUCGUCAUGUUCGAAAGCCCGGACGAUGCGCGCAAUGCCAUUCAGCAAUUCAACGGUUAUGACUGGCAAGGCCGUCAACUAGAAGUACGCGAAGACCGAUAUGCUGGUGGUCCUGGUGGCGGUGGUGGUGGCUUCGGUGGAGGCUACGGUGGUCGUGGAGGUUUCGGAGGCCGUGGAGGCUUUGGUGGAGGCUUCGGUGGUCGCGGAGGUUUCGGAGGCCGUGGCGGCUUCGGUGGUGGUGGUUUUGGCGGCCGAGGUGGAUACGGUGGAGGCGGCGGUGGCGGCGGUCCUGGUGGAUUCGACGCUGGCAAUGCUCAGCAGGCCGCUGCUCCUAACCCAUUUACCGAUUUUGCCACGACUGGUACUGAUCCCAGCGAGACGAUCUAUGUCCGAAACCUUCCAUGGUCUACAAGCAACGAGGACUUGGUCGAGCUCUUCACUACCAUCGGCAAGGUUGACCAAGCCGAAAUCCAGUACGAGCCGAGCGGUCGAUCCCGCGGUACUGGUGUUGUCCGCUUUGACAGUGUGGGUACUGCUGACACUGCCAUCUCCAAGUUCCAAGGCUACCAAUACGGAGGUAGACCACUUGGACUCAGCUAUGUCAAGUAUCUCACCCCUGGCGGUGGCGGCGGCGGCAGCGGCGGCAGCGGCGGCAGCGAUGCCAUGGAUACGGAUGCCCACGGCGGUUUGACUCAGGACCAGAUAAUGUAA